AUAUCCGCUCUGUAUCAUAAAUAAUAAUAAGUUUCCCUCCAUUUAUUCCCUUCUUCUCCUCGUCUCGAAUUCAAUCCUUUACUUGUCUGAUCAGUUUGUUCAUUUCUUCAUAAAUACUCUCUCGAUAUCAGAUCCGGCUCUUUUGCAGGUUGAAAUCAGUCUAUUGAAACAUAAAUGGAGGCAGCAGCACCUGUUGUAGACUGUGAGUAUUUGAAGGAGAUAGAAAGGACUCGUCGUGAUCUUCGUGCUCUCAUCUCCAACAAAAAAUGUGCUCCUAUCAUGCUUCGCUUGGCAUGGCAUGAUGCUGGCACUUAUGAUGCUAAAACAAAGACAGGAGGCCCUAAUGGAUCGAUCAGGAAUGAGGAAGAGUACAGUCAUGGAGCAAACAACGGCUUGAAAAUUGCAAUUGAUCUAUGUGAAGAAGUGAAGUCCAAACAUCCCAGAGUCACAUAUGCUGAUCUCUAUCAGCUUGCUGGAGUUGUUGCUGUUGAGGUGACGGGAGGCCCAACUAUUAAGUUUGUACCCGGAAGGAAGGAUUCAAACGUGUCGCCUAAUGAAGGACGUCUUCCUGAUGCCAAGCAAGGCCCAUCCCAUCUCCGUGAUGUCUUCUAUCGGAUGGGCUUAUCUGAUAAGGAUAUAGUCGCACUUUCUGGUGGCCAUACUUUGGGGAAGGCACAUCCUGAGAGAUCAGGAUUUGAUGAAAAACCUUGGACCAAUGAUCCUUUGAAGUUUGACAAUUCAUACUUUUUGGAGCUUUUGAAGGGAGAUACUGAUGGACUACUGCAGCUUCCUACUGACAAAGCGUUAGUAGAGGACCCAAAGUUUCGUUACUAUGUUGAACUUUAUGCAAAGGAUGAAGAGGCAUUCUUCAAUGACUAUGCUGAAUCACACAAGAAGCUUUCAGAGCUGGGUUUCACCCCACCAUCUUUUCUAAAAUCAAAUACUCCAGCAGCCUUGUUGGCACACAGUGCUAUAGGAGUUGCUGUUGCUGCUACUGUGGUCAUCCUCAGCUACUUCUAUGAAGCCACCAUAAGGAAAUAAGUCUAUGAUUCGUUUUAGUCGAUUAUCGAACAUACACAAACGCGAACACGAACACAAACACAAACACUCAUGGUUGAUUUGCAUUCAUAAAUAAAUUGACACAUUGCCAUUGCUUAUUGCCA